GUAACUAUAAUCCGAUAACAGGUAACAGUGUGGAGUUAUAAGAGUUGCCAUCAGUACUAAUAGGUAGGAAUAAAGUUAAUUAUAUAGGCUUGAUUUAUAUAUAACAAACUUAUUAACUAGUGAAACAGUUAUGGGACAGAUAUCUCCGAUCAGAGGGUUUACCAAUACUCCUGUAACAAAGGCAAUCUGUAUAAUAACAACUAUAUUGGCAUUAACAUUAUCAAUACUACAAUUAAAACCAUAUAUAAAAUUAGCCAUAGAUCCUUAUGUAAUUGAAUAUUUACAAUAUUGGAGAAUCCUUACAUAUCAAAUCUCAGUUAUUAAUGAAUCAGAUUAUCUAUUAGUGAUUUUACUUUGGUUUCAUUUCAAAAAUUUGGAGAGAUUCUAUGGAUCCAGGAAAUACUUUUCAAUAAUAACGUUAUUUGCAUUAUAUAAUGCUGCAUUUUGUUUCAUCUUUAUGAGUUUGGGUCAAUUAAGUUUGUAUUAUAUUGUAUAUAUAGUAAAAUCAAUCAUAUUUAAUAUUCCUCCAAAGGACGAUCAAUAUCAAUCACUCAUAUUUAAUGAAAUUAUACCAGGUCCAUUGGGUAUACUAUCAUCAUUAUAUAUAUGUUAUGGAACAUACGUUCCUGUUUCUUACCAUUUCAAAGUCUUGUUAUCAAAUCCAACACCAGAAAGUGAUAACACUACUAAUGAUGAUGUAGUUACUCCGUCAUCUGAGUCAACCACUUCAAGCAAGGAGUUGACUUUAACAAAUCAUUUCCCAAUUCAUAUUAUCUACACAUUACUCAUAUUAAAUAAUGGAACUAGAUCCAUAAUUCCUUGUUUAGUUGGUUUAUUCAUAGGUAAAAUAUAUAUAUAUGAAUUGCUACCUGGAAGUAAGAAUUGGUUAUUAUCUAAUAUCAUAUUCCGAUUCUUUAUAAGUCCUAAUAAAUCAAUUAAUCAUAUCAUUGAUUCCAUCUACAGGAGAUUUGGAAAUAAUGGCUACAUAUCCCUUGGAUCUAACGAGAAUUUGCCAUUAGAGAAUGAUACAUUAUCACCAAAUUCAACAGAACAAAUUGAUGAUGCAGAAGAGGUAUUGGAUGAAAAUAGAAACGAAGCUCAUGAAAUAAGAGCGGAAACACCGGUCAGACCUUUAGGUAGUCAAUUCCUAGAUACUUUCAGGUCAUGAACUCAAAAUUAAUAUAUUAAAUACUUA